CCGUUCCCUUGUCAGCUCACUAGUCUCUCUUCUUCCUUCUCUGCUCUGAGAUCUCGUCUCUCCAUCGGAAUCGGAGGACUUCCACUUCCCGGUCGGCGCAAAAUGUCGGCGGUUGCCAAGCUUCAUAUCCCGGCCAAGGCACGGGCGGAACCGCGGGGAGUUCUAGUCCCGGCGGGUAACCGAGUUAGGGUUCCGAAUCCGGACGAGUCGAAACGGAAAACGGAGGUUCAGAAGAAGAUCCCACAGCAACAGGGGAAGUCUAAAAGACAGCCGCCGGUGACGGUGUUAGCCUCAAAGGUUUCGCCGACGGCUGUGAAGAACAAUUUUUCUGUUGACAGCGUUUCCUCGUCCGAAGACUCGUCGUCGUCAUCUUCUGCAGGUUCCGGUUUGAGCGGGAAGAAGAGCAAUGUGAAGCGUCAAGUGAAAUCCUCUGCUUCUCCUCGCCGCCGUGGCGGCGAAUUGGCGGUGGAGCAUUCGCCGACGAGACAGGAAGGCCCCGCGAAGAGAUGCGAUUGGAUCACUCCCAAUUCUGAUCCACUAUAUGCUAGUUUCCAUGAUGAAGAAUGGGGAGUUCCUGUAUACGACGAUCGGAGAUUGCUGGAGCUGCUGGUGUUUUCACAGGCGUUAGCAGAAAUGAGCUGGCCUGAAAUCCUCCAUCUUCGACUCACAUUCAGAAAGCUUUUUGAUGACUUCGAUCCAUCAUCCAUUGCACAAUUCACCGAGAAGAAGCUUCUGUCACUGAGAAUCAACGGCCAUCUCUUGCUCUCAGAACAAAAGCUUCGUGCCAUAGUUGGGAAUGCUGAAUCGAUUCUCAAGGUUCAGCAAGAGUUUGGUUCGUUCAGCAGCUACCUAUGGCGGUUCGUGAACAAGCAGCCAUUGAGGAACGGGUUUCGAUAUGCUCGUCAAGUUCCAGCGAAGACCCCGAAAGCAGAGGUGAUCAGCAAGGAUCUGAUGCAGAGAGGGUUUCGUUGUGUUGGCCCUACUGUGGUUUAUUCGUUCAUGCAGGCAGCUGGGAUUGUGAACGAUCAUCUCUCGGCAUGCUUCAGGUACCAUGAAUGCAAUGUGAAUGUGGAGAACAAUAAGAUGGAAGCUUCUGAAUCUGCCUGAAACACUGUCAUGUCCAUAUUGAUAUAUUGCAGCAACAAUACUGAGAUUUAUAAUGUAGCAUUUAGUCUCUCAAUUGGAUGUAUUUGCAGCUUGUUUUUCUUCUCCCACUUAAUGUUACCUUUUCUGCUAACUUGAUUGGUAGUCCGAAUACUUGAUUUGUUGUAAAUUUGAAGGGCACCUUGGUAUCAUUGAAGAUUUAAUUGAACUUGAC